AUGCCUCUGGCGGCCCCGGCGCCGCCCGGCCCCCGGCCCCGCUCGGGCUUCAGAGCCGCGGGUGCAUGGGGCGAGGCGGGGAGGGGGCCGGGCGCCCCUCGCGCCGAGCGCGGCUCCCUCGCCGGCUCACAGUGCCAUGGGCCCGGCCGCAGGACGGGGCGCGCCCCGGCCCAGGUGCCCCCGGGCGGCGGCGGCGGCGGCGGCGGCGGCGGCGGCGCGGAGCAGCCCCUCCCCCGCGGCGGGCUCGGAAGCAGACUGGGGAGGGACAGGGACGCCUGCAGGGUGGGCGCCCUGUCCCAGCACCCCUCCAAGGACUGCCCCUUCCCAAGUGAGGAAGUUGGAGGAGCACAAAUGGAGCGGAGGGUGGUCAAGACGCUGGGAAAGCAGCACCUGGUCCAGAGCCAGGUGACAGAUUCGGGGCCGGCGGUACGGGCCGCCUCGCGCCUCGGUCCCCGCCGCGUCCCCGCCCGCCCCGCCGCGGUGCCGCUCCGAGGAGGAAGCUCCGCGAGUCAGGGCGGCUGCUCCCGCCGCCGCAUCCCUGCAACACCGACUGACGGAAGCAUCAGCACCAGGGCCCGCCCCCCGGGCGCGCGCAUUGGGCCGCGCUGCGCUAACGGACGGGCGGCGCAGCCAAUGAAAGGCGUGGAAACCGUCAGUCCCGCGGCUCCCCAGACCCACCUCCCGCCCCGCCGCGGGACCCAGGCGUCCCGGCCCCGGGCACAGCCGCUCUUCCCCGCCCCGCCAGGUCUUUAG